AAUACGUUGUGGAAUAUGGCGAAAGUUGUGAAUAUACGUGUUGUGAUAAGUGCUACCUUGUGACUUAACUAUGUUCGAAAAUGGAUAGUACGCUCGAUAGUACGGCAAUUAUUUAUACAAAGAAAGUGUGAUAGUAGUGUAAAUACAUAUACGUGUUUGUUAUAGAUUAAGUGACGAAAAGCAAAAAUGUCCACGGAUAAAAUAAAAGUUGCUGUUAGGCUCCGUCCUUUUAACAGAAGAGAGCUUGAAUUGGGGGCACAAUGUGUGGUGGAAAUGGAUAAGGAUCAAACUAUAGUUCAUCAGUCGUCUACUAUAGAUAAACUAGAAAGGAAACAACCGAAAACAUUUGCAUUCGACCAUUGUUUCUGUUCUGUGGAGCCAGGCAGAAAGGAUUUCGCAUCCCAGGAGGUUGUGUUCGAUUGUUUGGGACGUGAUAUCCUCGAUAAUGCCUUUCAAGGAUACAACGCCUGCAUUUUCGCAUAUGGCCAGACAGGUUCUGGUAAAUCCUAUACCAUGAUGGGUUCACAGGACAGCAAGGGUAUCAUUCCAAGGUUAUGCGAUUCAUUAUUUGGUCUAAUAGCUAAACAGCAAAGUUCAGAACUAUCGUACAAAGUUGAAGUCAGUUACAUGGAAAUAUACAAUGAAAAGGUACAUGAUUUGUUGGAUCCACAAACUAAUAAACAGUCACUGAAAGUUAGGGAGCACAAUGUUCUCGGGCCGUAUGUCGAUGGACUGUCCCAAUUGGCAGUAACAGCUUUCCAGGACAUUGACAAUUUGAUGGCAGAAGGAAAUAAAUCGAGAACAGUAGCAGCAACAAACAUGAAUAGCGAAUCGUCCAGAUCUCAUGCAGUUUUUACCGUGAUAUUAACACAAACCUUAACCGACUCCAGGAAUGGAGUUUCUGGUGAAAAGGUUAGCAGAAUGUCACUUGUCGAUCUGGCAGGUUCGGAAAGGGCUGUGAAAACUGGGGCGGUAGGGGACAGGCUCAAAGAAGGUUCUAACAUCAAUAAGUCUUUGACAACGCUAGGUCUAGUCAUUUCAAAAUUAGCUGAUCAAUCAACUGGUAGCAAGAACAAAGACAAAUUCGUGCCAUACAGAGAUUCUGUAUUAACUUGGUUACUGAAAGACAAUUUGGGAGGCAAUAGUAAGACAGUAAUGGUAGCAACUAUAUCACCAGCAGCAGACAACUUUGAAGAAACCCUUUCGACGUUACGGUAUGCUGAUAGAGCUAAGAGGAUUGUCAACCAUGCUGUCGUUAAUGAAGAUCCAAAUGCCAGGAUCAUAAGAGAAUUGAGACAGGAAGUAGAAGCUCUGAAAGAAAUGUUGAAACAUGCUACGGGUUCGCCUGUGGGAGAUACUCAAAGAGUCGAUAUCCACCUAAAGCUGAGUGAGAGUGAAAAAUUGUACAAAGAAGUAUCUCAAACCUGGGAGGAGAAACUGAUGAAAACAGAAAGAAUACAAAAUGAGCGGCAGCAAGCUUUAGAGAAAAUGGGCAUCAGCAUCCAAGAUUCCGGUAUAAAAGUGGAAAAAAAUAAAUAUUACCUAGUGAACUUGAACGCCGAUCCCUACUUGAACGAGCUAUUAGUUUAUUACCUGAAGGCAGAGACAGUAGUAGGUGCCAGUAGUCAUAACUCGGGUAAAGAGCCUGACAUUCAACUAUCAGGUCUAGGUAUCCAACCGGAGCACUGCAUCAUCAGAAUACAAGAUAACGGAUUGUUCCUUGAACCGCUUGCCAAUGCCAGAUCUUGCGUAAAUGGGUCUCAGAUCUAUGAGAGAACUCCAUUACGACAUGGAGAUAGAAUUGUAUGGGGUAACCACCACUACUUCAGAGUCAACUGCCCAAGAUCCAUAUCAGCAACUUCUGAACCUCAAACUCCAGCACAAAAUAUCGAUUAUAAUUUCGCCAGGGACGAGCUAAUGACGAAUGAAAUGAGCAAUGACCCUAUUCAGGCAGCUAUAGCCCGCUUAGAGAAACAACAUGAAGAAGAUAAGCAGGUUGCUUUGGAGAAACAACGUAUGGAAUACGAAAAGUUGCUGCGGACAAUGGUUUCGCCUUCAACUCCAAAUUCUCCCUAUUCAUAUGAUCCUCUCAGGGUUGGGUUGAGCAAAACUGCACCUUGCACCCCAACUACCCAGAUGAAGGUGGAGAGGUGGGCCCAUGAGAGUGAUGAUAUGUUCAGGAGAAGUAUAGUACAAUUGAAAGAAGAUAUCCUACGUGCCAAUUCUCUGGUGAAAGAAGCAAGUUUUCUUGCUGAAGAGAUGGGAAAGCAGACCAAGUUUAGUGUCACUUUGCAGAUACCGCCAGCUAAUUUGAGUCCAAACAGAAAGAAAGGUGCUUUCGUCAGCGAACCUGCUAUCCUAGUAAAGAGGAUCAAUUCUAGUCAAGUAUGGACGAUGGAGAAGUUAGAUAAUAAAAUUAUAGACAUGAGAGAAUUGUAUGAAGAUCAGAAGCGCAAAGGAGAUCAGGAACAGAUGAGUGACUUGAGUGGUCCUGAUCCAUUCUUCGAAUCCCAGGAGAACCACAACCUCAUAGGAGUAGCUAAUAUAUUCCUGGAGAGCUUAUUUCACGAUGUUAGCUUGGACUACCACACACCUAUUAUAAGUCAGCAGGGAGAAGUAGCUGGAAGACUGCAGGUUGAGCUCAGCAGAGUUGCUGGAUCUUUACCUCAAGACAGAAUAUGUGAAGCAGCCUCCGACAAUUCAUCUGAAUGCAGCCAGGACGAAGAUGAACCAGGAAGUUCACAAGUAACCAUUCGUGUGCAUAUAAAACAAGCCUCAGGACUGCCACUAUCCCUAGCUAAUUAUGUAUUCUGUCAGUACUCUUUCUGGGGACAUCCAGAGGCUAUAGUGGUUCCUGCCAUCACGGAUUCCCAAUCCAGCAAGCAACCGACGACAGUCAAUUUCGAACACACCGACGAUUUCACAGUCAAUAUUUCGGAGGAGUUCGUAGAACAUUGUGCGGAGGGAGCUCUUUCCAUAGAAGUAUGGGGUAACAGAAGUGCAGGUUUCUCCAAGUACACACCAGGCUGGGAGGUAGUGGAACAACAGCUAGCUACAGCAAGGUCCUUGCUAGACCGAUGGUCAGAGCUGACUAGGAAAAUAGAACUGUGGGCUGAAAUCCAAGAACUGAAUGACCAGGGGGAGUAUACGGCUGUGGAAGUUGGCAUGAGACCUGACAUGUUGACAGGCGGUAUAUACCAACUUCGUCAAGGUCAACAACGAAGAAUACAAGUGAGAGUGAAGCCAGUCCAAAACUCAGGAACUUUGCCUAUCAUAUGCCAACAAAUUAUCAAGAUCGAAGUGGGGGGAGUUAUGGUCAGAAGCAGACUGCAAAAAGCUUUGGAUUCCUACCAGGAAGAGGACCUGACUGUACUUAGGGAAAAAUGGAAUGAUGCGCUACAGAAAAGAAGACAAUACCUCAACUCACAACUCCAGAAUAUAUCUGAGAAAGACGACAAGACGGAGCAGGACAUCGAAAGAGAGAAGAGUUUGAUGGAGCAAUUGGUUAAUUUGACUGAGGAAAGCAACGCUGUUUAUAUUCCUCAACCCGGAACAGGAAUACCUGGUGCUCCAGCUAUGUGGAGUCCACCCCCUGGAAUGGAGCCUCAUGUACCAGUAUUAUUUUUAGAUUUGAAUGCCGAUGAUUUAUCUACACACACAUCAGGAGAAGAAGUUACCAUCGCAGGAGUUAACUCAAUCCUACCUAAGGAGGAUGGGAGACAAUUCUACCAUCUCCAUAUUCUCAACCACUUAGAAAAAGAUGUGUGUGCUACAGCCGGUUGGGAUUCUUCAAUCCAUGAUAGCCCACAUCUCAAUAAGAUUACGGAAGCGAAUGAAAGAGUGUAUAUGAUUCUUCGAGUGACAGUUAGAUUAUCGCACCCAGCACCGAUGGAUCUUGUUCUGAGAAAGCGCUUAGCAUUGAACGUUUAUAAACGCCAGAGUAUAACUGACAGAAUAAAAAAUCAAAUAAAAUCGAAAAUAGCUCGGGCUGAUCUGGUAACCUCAUGCGGAGUCACAUACCUAGUGGUAUCCAAUGUACCAAAAGCUAGCGAAGAGCUAGAAGGUAGGGAAAGUUUAGCGCAAUUGGCAGCAUCUGGAGAAAAUUCAUCAUUGUGUGAUGGAGAGACAUACAUAGAGAAAUACACGAGAGGUGUGAGUGCAGUAGAGAGUAUUCUAACUCUGGACAGACUGAGACAAAGCGUUGCUGUUAAAGAACUUUUACAAGCUAGAGGACAACCUUUGAUGAGGAAGACAGUCAGUGUACCGAAUUUCUCGCAGCUCAUGAGAUUGGAUCUCAGUACCGAAUCACUUCAUAUGGCCAGAUCAGAAAGUGUUUCUGAGUUGAACAGUGAAUUGGGAAUAACGCCACUGAGAGGUCGUUCUUCAUUUGGAAAAGAAACUGAAGUGACUCCACCAAAGUUCGGGGGAUUAGUGUUUUCGGGAAUGGCAUCGCCUGCCAACACAAAGCUAAGCUUGAGAAUGACCACUCUUCACGAAGAACCAACUAAAACUAUGCCACGAAAACAUUCGUUUGAUAUACUAAUGGACGACCCUAUCGAAGAACAAAAUGAAGAAGGUGCUAAUGGACAAACUGAAGUACACUACGUUCAGAGGAAGAAAAACCACGCUAAGAAGAGUCUACCAAUGUCUCGAACUCUCGAUUCCCUGACAGAAUUCGCUCCCAAACCUAACACCCCCUCAUCGAGCUCGAGUGGGUAUGGAUCUCAAGCAGUUUCACAAACCAACCUGUCAAGCGACGAUUCGAUAUCCCUGAAGAGCAUGAGCAUCGACGAAACGCCUGAUCUCGAGUGCAAAACCGACUUGGAGCCAGUAUCGGAGGCGACUGAUCUCGAUAAAGAAGUCAACAGUUUCUCGAACCCCGAAGACCAAGCAGAUGGAUCGACCAAUAACGAAGACAGUUCAGACGAUGUGGUCAACGGCGAUAGCGACACGAAUCAAAAUCAGCCCGGGAAUGAGCUGAGAGAAUCAGGUUCCCUCGUCAAAACCAAUCUGUCCCCAGGUCGAGUGGUUCGCAGAAAAAAACAGACGCGCUCCCAGCAGUCUCAUAGAUCCUCUUUCCCACAAGCGAGAUCGCGAUUGUCCGAGAGCAAAUCUGCCCACAACUUGGGCAGCAAGAACAACUUGUUGUCCGCAGAAGAUGACAGUAUGGACAGUUCCACAGAUAGAUUAGAAGAUGAUCAUGAGAGCAAUUUUGGGUCCCGCCCAGAUCUUUCCAAAAUUCAUGAUGUUCCCGUCCCUGAUUGGGUAACUCUAGGUGAAAGCGUCCAGAUCAAACCCUACUGCUCCACUGGGAUAGUUGCUUACAUAGGAGGGACAGAUUUUGCCAAUGGUACCUGGAUUGGUGUAGAAUUAGAUGCACCCAAAGGUAAAAAUGAUGGCAGUGUUAAGGGCAUUCGCUACUUUACCUGCAAGCCGAAUCAUGGGAUGUUCGUGAGAGCCGAUAAAAUAAGAUUGGACAGAAGAGGGCGUGCUAUGCGCUUAGAUAAGGCUGAAACUCUUGCCAACAGCAAUAAAUGUUCACUCAACAAAGAUACAUUGUCAAGAUCUCGAUCACGUGGAAACGGUUUGAACACAGUGGGCAACCGAACGAGUUCUAAGGCCAAAUAGAACCAAAAAAGAACAUCGACCAUCCACCCCCAUUAGUCCCAAGUCCACCCUACCUAUUGCCAUUAGCCGUGUUUGCGUCACAAAUUGUAUAAUGUGCCGUCCAUCAAUACAUGGCAUAGUUAAUCAUCCUUGCCAUUUUCGUAUAAACAAAAAUAUCACGUAUUCUCAGUUAAUUGCACUUCCAAAAAAAAAGGCGAGCACUCCGCUUGUUUCUGUCAAAUUAUUUUAUUGCAAUCUUCCACACCUCAAUGCCUUCAUGUUAUCAAAGUUACAAUGAGACUCAGAUUAUUUUUUUGACGAGAAGAUAUAAUUUUUUACCCGUUCUCUCAUUGUAACCUUAUGGAAUCAUGAUUAUUAAUUAUAUACACGUUAUAUUUUCGCUCUGUUACGCAAGCACUUAAGUUCAGCCAGAUAUCUACCUCCUAAAAGUUGGUACAGAUUGAAGAGGUUGUUAUGUAAGUCUUGAGAAUGACCGAUAAGAUGAAGAAAAAAGGAAGAUCAGGGAAGAUGAUCAGUCUCAUGAAACAUGAUUACCCCUGAAGAUCUAUAGGGAAACUUGGCAAUAUACUACCCAACAAGAUUAACAGUCAGUAUGGAACGAAUCUUAAAGAACAAUGAGCAAAUAUGGGAAAAAAUUUGCACAUAAUUAUGUUGUCCAGUUUACCCUAUCGAAUAUCUUUUUUUACUUUAAGCAUUUCUUUCUGUGAUAUAAUUAGUGUACACAGAGCAAUUUGGUUCUAUGUGAAUUUUAAUACAUAUUUUUUGCGUGCAGAAUAAAUAGAAAUUAUGUAUCUGUAUUAGGAGAAAAUGUAGCUUAUGACAAGUGUAUUUAUCUAAUUCUGUGUGUCUCUAGAAAACAAAAAAACAGUAGUGUUAAGAAUAACAAAAUAGCCACAAUAGUAGUACUUCGAUUUGACGCCCAUUUUUUAGUUUGGCUUGAAAACUUACUGAUACAGCCUACAAACUUAGCUGCAAUAUUACGAAUUUAAUAGGAGAUAGGAUACGUUGAUAGUUCAUUUGUGGACAAAUUCUCAAAUUGCUCUGAACCUCGAGUGCUACUCCACAUAUAGUUAUUGUCUUCAAACUGUUUCAAUAACCACAUUUUUAGAUGGUAUCUGUUCAAUGAAAUGAAAAUAAGUAAGUUUGGGUUGUAGGAGAAUUGAUUUUGCAGUAUUCUUAACAACUCAGUUAUGUGCUAGUAACUGUGAUAUUUAUAAUUAUUCUAUUUCGAUUUUUUUCGUUCAUUGAAAUCGGUGCGGUGAUAUAUAAAAUGAGUUUUUGUGAAAUUUGUCAAACACUACUCCAAAAUUAAAGGUCCAAAAUAGUGAAAUCCGAACCAAUCAAUGAUUCCCGUCUCUUCUAUGACGGACUAAUGAGAACUGACAUUCCAAGAUGAACUUGCAGCUAAGAUAAUGUGGAAAAUUGGCUGCAUCAAUUCAGUUUUUCGCACUUUUAUCACUGGAACAUUCCAUCAAAAAUUUUUCUUUGAAAGAACGCAAUAUGAUCUAGUCUCUGUGGUUAAUUUGCUCAGCGAGUUUGAGGUUUAGUCGUCCACUGACUGAAAUUGAAGUAAAUGAUAAAUGAUUCAACCACUAUGGCUAUGGUAAGGUAUAACUAGAAAAUACCUAAUUGUUUAUCAUUUAAAAAUCUUCAAUUGUCACUUUCAGUCAACAGAAUAAAAUACUAGACCUUUUCCUGUCCAUUUUGAAUCAUUCUGUCCAGUUUGUUAUAAAUUAUAAGAUAGUUGUAUUAUAUUACCUUGAUGUAACGUUUAUUUAUAAUAUUAAAUUAUUAUUUGUACAAAAUAACUCUGGUAUUUGGAUCAUGUCAAAAAGUGAAACAAUUCAUGGAAUUUUUUGUAAUUGAAAUCAUAUCGCAUUCCAAAUAGUCACAAACUCAUUAUAGACUUACUACUACAUUUAUGAAUCAUGUUUUGAAUUAACUGGAUUAUAUUGACUUUUCAAUAUUUCCAAUUUUAUCAUAAAUCUGAAAAAGUAACUCACUAAAUACCUGCCUAUCUAAUUUUAUAAUUUUACAAUUCAGCUCCAACGGCUUUAAACAACUUUACACCCGGUAUAAGUGAAGUAAUUGAUCAAAGAAAGUGACCAAAAUGGUAUUUUUUAAAUGAGGUAUUACCAGUUCACCAGCCACACCCUGAUUCAUUUUGAAAAAUACAAUAAGAGAAUCUAAAUCAUUGGUUGAACAUUCAUAAAUUCUCUAACAUGAGACAUGCAAUGUUUUCACCUAUGAAUCCUCUAUUUGUUUCAAAUUUGCCUGUUUCAAUAAAUGCUACAUGAAGAAUUUUAAUGGAAAUAGAACGCCAUUUGCUAAUAAUCAAAAUCUUACGUUUUGGUCAUUUGGUAUUCAUUCACCUACCUGUACAUUUAUUUAAUAAUGUAAAUAAAAGAAAACUAAAUGAUAUUUUGAUCAACCUUCAUGGGAAAAAUAUUCAAUCAAUUUUUAUAUAAUCCGGGUUUGUUGUAUUUUUAUGUAAUUUAGUAUCAAUAUUUUAUAUAUAAACUCUGUACAUUUUUGUUGUUUACGUUAACUUAUUUCAACUUGAUAUUUUGAUAGUUUUAAAAGUUUAUUUGUAGCUAUGGUCCUACAAGCAAUUACAAUACAUG